GCCGAUUUUCUUUCCCAAACCUGUUUAAAAAACCAUGGUUAUAGAUAACGAUUAUCAAUAACCGUGACUCGUAUCACGGUUUAAUGUUAUCACCGUUAACAGAUAAAUAAUGUGAUAAUACAAAUGAUAUUUUUCAAAUUAAGUGCAUUAAAGGCUAAAGUUAUAAGUAUUACACCUAUAUAGUGGCUACUGACUAUUGUGAAUUUUACAUAAUUUGUGUGUGUUAUUUUUAAAAAAAAAACAACGUUCGCUUUUAUGGAAUCUUUAUCAUUUUUUUAGUUCAAUCAUUACAAUGUGGGGUCUUCUAAAUCGUCGUACAUUUUUCAAAAAACUUGAUGGUCAUUUUUUUCGUCAUACAUCCAUAAAAUAUGAAUCAUCUGGAUUGGAAAAUAUAAAAGCAGUACCUGUUCCGGAUAUUGUGAGAAAACCUCCACGUCUACCGUUUUUAAAAUCAAUAUACGCCAAUCAAUUUGAUAUAGAAAUACUCACAUAUCCAGAAACUCUUAAUUUAGAAAGACACAAAGACUUGGAAUCCAGAUUGCAACAAGUACAACACAAUUGCACAAAUAUCAAUACGAUACGACAACUAGGUUUAUUUGGUAUGAGUGCCCCAUACCCUAGCUCAGGACUCAAUCUUUCCGAUACUGAAAUCGCUCGUAUUUUUGAACAUUUUGAUUACAGUACAUUUAAAGUAGUAUUUGAUCAUACUUUAUGUGUCGAUAUUAUUAAAACCUUUGGUACGCCUAGUCAAAAAUCAAAAUAUUUGCCAGUACUAGCAUCAGGUACUAUCUGUUCUCUGUAUAAUAAUAAUACUUUUGUUAAAGCUAAACUACUUUCAAACCAAAAUUGGGAACUCUCAGGUUGUUUGAAAAAUUCUGCAAAAAAUGUUUUCUCAAUAUUUGUUGUUGAAAAUAAAGCUUUCAUAAUUGAAAAUCUUAAAACAUUAGAUAGUGAUGGAGAUUUAGAAUUGAAACAAGUAGUUGUUUUGCCAGACGAUACUAUUGAAAAUGUUAAUUUAUCAAAAAUCAUGCAAAGAGGUAAAUUAUAUACCUGUUCUACUUUGGUCGCGUCAUUAAAGAAAGUAAUCCAAUCAACCAUCCUGAGCGUGUUACCAAAAACUAGAGCAAACCUAAAGUUGAGAGAAUAUGAUUCUGUUCAUAAAAUAUUGGGAAAAUCAUUAUUGAACAUUUACACACUCGAAAGCAUGAUAUACCUAACUACAUGGAUGACCGAUGGGUUUGAUGAUCCUGAUAUUGAGUUAGAAACAGCUGCAAUACAAUUGUUUGCUCGCCAAACGUUCAGUACUACUUUACAUGAACUACAAUUUGUAAAUGGUAGAAGUUCAGUUAAAGAACCUUUUUCAUCUUUGUACAAUGAUGUAGAAGAUUUAAUUGAGAGUUUGGAUAAUACAAUUGAACUGGCCAAUUUUAUUAGUAGUCGGGGUGUGGAGUAUUUCAAUAAAUCUAAAUAUGAAGAAAACAUUUCAUUCAUUACUAUAGCUUAUAGAAAUAUUAUGAUGAAAAGAAAUAAUCCAAGUUUAAAGUACGAAAUUAAUCAAUUCCUGCAUCCAGCCCUUAUGGUAUUGAUAUCUUAUGUUUAUAUAUUUUGCCUGUAACCUUAUGAAUAAAUUAUAAAUUUUCAGUAUCCUGCCGAAUUUUGUGAACAAUGUUUACUGAAAUUUCAAUAUAUCAUUAAUCAAUGUCAUGCAGCUGGCCAACUCAAUACUGAUAAUGAAGCGCUUAUGGAAAGAUUGUCAACAUUAAUCAUAUAUAUUUAUGCUAUGACGGCUGUUCUCGGUAGGGCAUCAAGAUCAUAUUGUACUGGAAUUCGGUUUAGUGACUAUGAAGUAAUGUUCUUGUAUCAUAUUUUUGUUUUACUCUAUUGUUUAUUAUUAUUAUUAUUACCAUUUCCAGAUGAAUACUGCGGAAACUAUGGUGAGAGAGUCAUAUGCUCUUUUGAAACCUAUUUUUGAGGAAUUAAACAGUGGUAAAUAUGUUGCAACAGAUUCUACUUAUGAAUCAUUUGCUGACCAAAUUUUAACGGACAAUAAUAAAAAUCAAAAAUGUACAAACUAAGCCAUAAGAUAAUAAUAAUAUAUAGUUUAUACUUUAUCACGUUUUUAUUUGUCUAAUGUAUAAUACAAAUGUUGUGUUUUGAAAUUUGAUUGUGUAAAAUUUAAUUCAAAAGUUCUUAAUUUUAAUUAUAUAAAUACAUAAUAAUUGUAGCUAUCUACAUUCAACAACUAAUUUUGAAAAAUGCUCUUUACAAGAAUUUGCUGUCCAUUGUAACUUGACAGUACUCGGUUAAAGUUUAUUUCUAUAAACAUUUACUAUUUAUUUAUUUUUUUUUUAUAAAUAUUGUUUCUGAGUUUAUACAUAUAUAUAAUAUAUGUAUAUGUAUAUUUAUAUAUAUAUAUAUAAUUUGUGGUAGCAAUGCCAAGUUUGUUGAUUUUUCAUACAAAUAAUAAUAUGUAAUACAAACUAAAUGACAUAAGUAUAAAAAUACUUAUAUACAUAACACUCAUAUUAAGUAAAAUCAAACAAUAAUUAAAUAAUAAUUAAUACACGUAAAAAUAUGGUUUGAGCGUUAAAAAAAAAAAAAAUAUAUAUAUAUAUAUAUGAUGAAUCUUCAAAGAAAUUUUAAAGAAUGUUAAGAAUUUAAGAUCUAAGAAGAAAGAAAAUUAAAGAAACCUUAUAGAAGAAAAUGGAUAUUAUUUACAGAUAUAUUUUGUUGUUUGGUUUAAAAUUUAAAUUAUUUUUUAUAUUCUUCUUGAUAACCAUAUUGCGGAGCUGCAUGGCCGUAUGACUCUUCUUUCCAGUAGUUAAGAUCAAUGGAUGGAAUUCUAUCGUAAUCAUUGCAACUCACCAAAGGAUUCCUAUAAACAAUACAAAUAUGAAUAACAUAUUUCAUUAUAUGGUAUUUGCUGGUUAUUGUGAUACCUGUCGACUUUCUAUUAGCCUUAUUGGCUAUCAUGAUUGUUUGUGUAUCACAUAGUGUAUUACUUAUUGUUCUAAUGUUCUAUGGUAGGUAUAUAUUAUGAUAAAAUCCAAAUUAUAUAUUAUUAUUUUAAUCAAAACAUUUUAUUUUUAAAUCAAUUUUUUAUAAAUUUGGUAUUUACCGCCCAACAAAAAAUAGGCUUUCCAAGAGUAUGAUAAUUAACAUGAAACAUUAAUAUUUAAAAAAAAUUGAAACUUUAUUUUGGAAAUGUGUAUGUCUUGUAAAAUAUUUCCAAAUAAAAGGGAAUAUGUGUGUAAGAAAGUUGUUUGUUGAGAGCUCUAUUCUAAUUGUAUUUUGUAUGUGCAUUACGUUUUAUGUUUUAUGGGAUGAUAAAACAGUAGAUAUUCUGAAUCAAGUACUUAAUUGCAAUUACCUAUAUGUGGUUAUCACGUCAUAAUCGUGACAGCAGGGAUAAUUGUGAUAGGUACCCAUUAUAUAUAUUUUUUUAAUAUUAAUUAAGUGGGUACUCACUUUUCAGAGAUUUUCAAGAAACCUUGAGGUUGGAUUGUGUGUAAAUCGUCACUGUUGUCACAGAAAAUUCUUGAUAAACUAGAUUUGCGGAUUUCGUUUAAUUGUUCUAAAUUAUUGAAAAUAAUGCAUUAUUAAAUAGGUAAUUUCAGUGGGUAGCUAAUUAUUUGUAUAACUUUUCUUACCUGGUGCAAAAGAUCCAGCUUGUCCACCCAAUUCGUAGAAGUAUCUAUCGGAAACUUUAGUUCUGUAAAAUUGUUCUGUCAAUAGACACAAAAAUGUUGGUCCGGCUAACGUGUUUGGUACGUGGGCUUCUAAAGAACCACCGACAGAUAGAUCAACAUCAUCUGGGUGGUUGUAGAGAAGAGCGAGUUUUUCAAUGCGCUAAAAAAAAAAUGUUCAUUAAAGAAACAAAACUUAUUAAACUUAAGUACAAAUCUUACUUCAACAUCGAUGUAGUCAGAAAAGUCUUCAAAUUUAUGUGCUCUUGGUAGACCGCAAAAUUCUCUGAAGUCAUUGUAUGAUGCAAGACCAUGGUCUCGGCCUCUUUGUACAUCAAUAGCUCUCAAGUCACGGCCGAACGGACGACCAUUUCUGAAUAAGAAGUCUGUGAUCUAUAAAUAAACAGAAUUAUUUUAGUACCCCAAGGAAUGUGAAAAUGUACAAUUUAAGUAUUUAUAAAUAUUUAAGUGUUAUUUACUUCACUGGUGAAGAACGGAUCGACUUCUUCUUGGCUUUGUGUUGUCAAACCUCUAGAUAAAUGAUCGAAAUUGUAUCCUUUUUCGAUAAUGGUCGGUCGGUUAAAGUAAUCAGACAAUCUAACUGCGCUCAACAGAUUACGAUCUUCACCUAUCAAGCUAUAUAAAUACAAUUUUCAUUAAUUUCAGUUUUUGUACACACCGUGCUAAAGACUUACUGGAAUUGUCCUUGAAUAGACGAAUGGAAGUAUCUGAAAGCAGCAUGAGCGUGAGCGUUUAUGACACUUGGAUCAACAUUCUCUUUGUAAUCGUUCGUGUAUCCUUUGCUCUUGUACAAUAAACCGUAUUUUAACAUAUUGUCAGUUCCCAACAAGAUGGGGAGCCAUUCGUGAUAGUUGAUAUGUUGGAAUUCAGCGAUCAAUAUUCUCCUAGAUUCUUGAUAUAAAGUUUCGUCGUCCCAGUGUGGGUUGAUAUGCGACAAUACUGUUGCUAUACGAUUGUGCUCCCUGAGGAAUAUGAUUUGCAGAACGGUCAAUUGUGGGUUCUGGUUAGCUCUUCGGUCGCCUAAAAAAUGAAUACAUUGCUUGUGGUUUCUUACUCUAUAUACUCAUAUAUAUUUUAUAAAUUAUUAUAAUAUAAAGGAAGCAAAAAUAAAUUAAGGAGCUAGACGAGGAUACCUAUCUAAUAUUCUAAUAUUCCUCAUCCCAGAUUAUAAGUAGAGUUAUGAGAAUAAAAUAAUGAAAAAUACAUUUUUGUUUUUAAUAUUUGUUGAUUUUAUUUGUUUGGUUUUUGCAUUAUGUCAUAAUAUUGACUAAUAUUGUAGUUAGAUUCACUUUAAACUUUAUUAGGUUGAUAUAUUGUUUAUUCGAAUUAACCUUAUGUCGUAUAAAACAAAUAUCUAUAACGUCAAAAAUUAAAACUGAUUGAACUACUUGUAGAUGUUUUCAAUUUUUUGUUGCUUAACAAUUUUUAAAAAGUUAAGAGCAGGACCAUUCAGUGCCUUAAGUAGAUGUCUGCCGUAGUUACUAUUAGAGUUUCAAAUUUAAAAAUUAAUGAUAAGCAAAUUUUUAUUUUUUUAUCGAAAUAGAAUAUUUCAAAAAUUUAAGUUUCAUGAAAUGAUUGAACCUUAAUUAUAAAUAGAUGACUGUUACUAACCAAAUUGAUAGCACGGUUCUUCGUCUGUUUGCUGGUCACAUACCGCGCUCUUGUUGGCUGCUGCUGGCGGCCAUGGUCUUCCAUCUCUGAAUUCUACUCUCAAUCGACCACCGAUUCCUUCACGAAGUGUAUCCGCCAGUUUUUGACUUGAACCGUAUACGAAAGAAGCGUCCAUCCAGUGCGACACCACUACCAACUUUGACAUAAAAUCAAUAAGUAUAUAUUAAAAUUUACAAACCUACCUACAUCAUAUUCAUAUUUUAAUUUGAAAUAUUGAAAUUACUUGUUCGGCGGGUUUGUUUCCUGGAUUACAUCCGGUUUCCUGGUCGGUAGUCGAACGUACAAAGUUCAUGCAUUCCCGGUUGAAUUUAGAGAACACCGGAUCGUCUUCCGGAAUUGUGAUUGGGAAACAGUGAACGUCUGGGUUGUUACUCAAUAGACGGCCUUUGUCGUCACAACAUCUGAUCGAAUGGCGUUCUGUCAAUAAAAUUACAGACUUUAAAGUGUUUCAGCUGCGAUUAUUAACUAUUGAAUCGUUAAAGAGAAAAUGUCCACCAUUGCAGCGGGAGUACUUAUUCCGUAAAUUGCAUAGUACUCGUAUUUACGAGCUUAAUUUAUUUAAAAACCGUAUCGAUGUUGUAGUUUCUAGUUGACGCGGAAAACACGGAGUAUAAUUUAAUUUUCAACCAUUAGUUCUCAAUAUAGUAAUGUCUAACGUGAUAAACUUGCGUUCGGGCGUGUUAAAUAUAAUCGUUUGGCAAGAGUUAUAAUACUCAAACGUGUGUAUAAAUUGCACGCGUUAUUGACCGUAAUACGAUAACGUGACCGUUUGCUGCGUAAAUUCUACUAUCACGAAAUCACUAUUACAGACGACUUGUAUUAUUAAUAUUAUUAUUGUUAAGUCUUCUCGUGUACACGAUGCGACGAUAGAUCAUCGUGGAGAAAAAGUGAAAAUAAAAACGCUUGUCUCCAAACGUACAUACGUUUAGAAGAAAAAAAGUACUGUUACCUACCUAUAUAACUGUAUGUUUUUAUUUUAAGUCACAUAGCAAUGUUGUUUUUGUGAAUUUAAAAAUACCACCAAGACGUGUAAUAAUAUUAUUGCAGCAGUACUUAUCUAUAUGAAUAUACGUCACGUCAUUUAAAAAUUAAUAAUUUCUUAUGGGAGUUGACAAAUGUCCUAUAGCCUGAGGAACAACAUUAAUAAUAUUUUUUGUUUUGCUUUCGACUAGGAAGCAAAAUGGACUGGUUCGAUUUGCAACACUAUCCGGCCCCGAGGCUUUUAGGCAAAAUAAUAUACAAGUAAUAAAUAUAUGCAAUAAAAAAAUAAAAAUACCACACGCGUAUAAGUACCAUAUUAUAAUGUGGAUAUCAUCUUCGUGAAGUAUGGCAGUUGUAUACACGUCAAAGAAUCACUUUCUCCACUAAAAGAUUUAUUUAAGAAAAAACCAAAAUAAACAUGUACCUACUACCUAGUAUAUAUUCAUUAAGUAUGCCUAAGUAUCAGCUUAAUAUAAUACACGGCAUUACCUAACUUACGGAAUUCUAUGUUAUUAUGAUAUUGUCGUUUUUAUUUUAGAUUCUGAGUGGAACAAUACAAUAAGUGUAUUGGUUUUAAAAUAAUGUUUUUUAUUAUUAUUUUUUUUUUUUUUUGUGAAUACUUUUUACCAGAAAGCAUAUUCCGAUUAUCAAGUAUAGCACUUUUUACGAAAAAAAAUUAUUUCUGGGUGAUACUUUAGAGAAGUCGUUUUUUAAAACUCUCAUUAAUAUUCGAGAUAAUGAUGAAAACCUGGUUCUUUAGAUUAAAAAGACCGAAAGACUAAAAAUAAGAUUGUCAUUGUCAACCGUUUAUUUAUUUUUUGUUAUUAUUAAGUUUUUAUUAUUUUAAAUCUUUUUUAAACAGUUAUUGUUGUCAUGGAAACGCAUAUUGUUGUAAUCAUUUUACCAUAUUAUGGCAUAUGUAUUGUUGAAAAAGCAACACUGUCAACUGAACUUUGCUCAGAAUCGUUUUUUCGUUAGCAAAGGUUUAUCGUUACUUACAGAUAUAUAUUCAAUUUUCUUCUGUAUCCUACCAACCCAACUUCCUAUCUAAAAAAAUUGGGUGCACCCAUGUGCGGAGUAUGUCCGUCUUUUUUUUUAAAUUUAAUAAUAUACAUACUUGCUUGUGUUGUACCCAUAGACAUAGACAUAUCGUGAGUUACAAUUUGACCCCAGGUCAUGGUAAUGAGUGUCCACACUGGAUCAGGGAUAGGGACAUCCGGGAACAUAACGAUACUGAUGAGACGGGAACUGGGCAAUGGUUCACCACUAACAGACGUGGGUGGAGCGUGGAUACCUGCAAAAUUAAUCGAUUGAAAUAAAAUUAAAAAAUAUUUUAUAAUAAUUAACUAACAAUUAUUUAACAAUUAAUUAAUAAUUCGCAUUUAUCGGGAUUUUGGAAAAAAAAAAAAUCAACACAUUUCUUGUACAUACGAGUAGUAUAUCCACUAUAAAGUGGUAUACUAUAACCACUCAUGUAUGCAAUCUUACUCUGUUAUUUACUAUAUUCAUUAUGUAAAAAAUAGAGCCUUGCCCGUUGAAAAAAAAAAAAUGAAAUAAAUAUAACUAUUAAAUUGUAUCAUUUAAAAGUGGAAUGUCUUAUUAUUUUAGAAUUAUAUAAUAUAUAUAUAUACAUAGAUAUGUAUAUAUUUUGAAUUUACCGUCAGAGUACUUGGGCGGCAAAAGUCUGGCGUAUUUAGAAUUUGGUAUACCCCAGUUGGUGUACCUAAGGUUGUUACACGAUCCAUCGAUGGUCCUGUAUUUAUUGUUUGGGCAAGGGCCGGUCGGUGGCUGGCAUCCGGCACCCUGCGGAGCCGAAGCUAUUUCACCGAAACUAAAAGUACAACAUACGACGCGUUUGGUAAAAUAGAAAAUAAAAUAAAAUACACAUAAUAAAAAAAAAAAAACAUUUUACAAGUAUAAUAAGCGCACUUAAACCGGCGUCACUCACUUGUUAGGUCCGGGACGUGGUCCGAAACCGGAGCUCGGGGCAGGUCCGCCAAAACCAAAACCGGGCUGUGGCCCUUGGUGGUACGGCGAGGCAACCAGAGGGUGACCGUAAGUUUCUUGCGGUAAGUAUCCUUCAAUUAAAAUAUUGUACGACAUUAUAAUUUAUUAUUAUUAUUACAUUAUAUUCUGUUUACAUAUUUUCAACAAUAUUUUAUAUUCUGAGCGUAUACGAAGGAAUAUUAUCGUAUUGCAGGUUCUACUAUAACAUGUGCGGUUUUUUGAUACUAUUUUUUUGCGUCUGUUAACAACAUUUCUACAUUAGAAAUCUUCAUCUGAUCAUCGACCUUAAGAUCGGUUUUUAGUAACAAAUUUUGUCUAAGUGGUGCAUUAAGGUGGUCAUUUUUAUAAUUUUCUUAAUAACUAUAUCUAAUUAGGGAAUAAAUAUUAUGACAAUUAUAUAUUAUAUAAAUAUUCUGCUUGUUUUAUUUUUUUAUAUAAUUCGGUUGAAAAUGAUAUUAGAGACCUAGAAUUUUCAUAGAAAAUUUAUAUACCUAAAACAAUUCUAGCCAUGGUAUGAUUUUCAAAAUAUACUAGUGAUUUUUAAGCUAUUCAUGCCGAUUUGAAAUGUGGUUUUUAAAUUUGUAUUCGGUUUACCUAUAGUUUUUGAUUUUCAACUCUCAAAAAUACUUGGAAAUUUGAUAAAAAGUUCGUUCUAAAUUGUUGUUAUGAUGGCACUUUAAAAAAUAUCGAAAAUCCGUUGUGAUGUUUUUUUUUUCUCUAAAGCGUCUAAUAGGUAACGUAAAAAUGCUCAAAAACUUGCUCCCGAAAAAUACGGACAAUUUGAAUAUAUUUGGUAGUUGCCAAUUCAUACAUUUUUCAAUUUAAGCUUAUCAAAAAACGCUUAACCAAACUCCGCUCAGAAUUGUUUGUAUUCCAUUGACUUACCAGCGCUGUAGUUGUACGCAGGUUCGGCGGCCGGAUAGUACGCCGGUUGAUGGAAUAUAGCCGUAGCCGUGCACACCAGACUCGUCGUCAAAAAGACGAUCAUUUUGUUCAGCGUCAUCUGUAAAAACACCGACGUUAAUUCGUUAAUGUAUUUUUCAAUAUUAGUAAGACAAUUUGAUGGGCACGAGAGAAGAAGGGAAGAAAUACAUUUUUUUUAAAUUGUUCAGAAGAGCAAAACUUCUCAAUAGCGGCGGUUGCAUGUGUUAUAAUAUAUCACCAACAUUUUAUAUUAUUGAACAUCGGUGGAAAUAUUUUUACGCCAAAUGCGAAACUCAAUAUCCGAUAUUUUCAAAGCACGAUUAUCUCGAAAUUGAAAAAAAAAAUGGAACUCCACGCUUCUCACCGCGUACUCUUAAUUUAGUAUAUCAUAAUAAAAUAACGUAUCGUUGUAACUUCGUUAGUUUAAAAUUCGAUAUGAAAGUUAUUUAACCGUCAUAGAUAUCUGUAUUUACUGCUGAACGAAACAUCAACAUUGUUUUCUGUGGCCCGUGGACGGGUCGAUGUCGUAUUCUCGCGUAAGAAUAUAAUGCCAGUUAAUCAAUAAUAUUUUCUCACGAAUUAAACAUGAAAUCUGUUCGUCAAAAAAUGUAAAAACCGUGGGUAUAGGUACUUCAUGGCAUAAAUAUUAAACAACGGUGGCGAUAGCAAUAAAGACAAUAUCGUUUUAUUUUUCCUCCUUGCAAAAAAACACCCGUUAUUUAGAUAUUAUAAUAUUUCGCGUCUCAGUACGAUUAGUCAGUAGGGAAGUAUUCAAGUACAGGCCUAUUCGUUAUACCUAUUCGUAUUCGGUAUAAGUAUAUACCAAUCCGUUUCUAUAUUGUAUGCGGAAUCUCACGAUUUCGACCGUCUUGUAACCCGUCGAUGGUUGCAAUGUAUGCACAAACGUAAUAUUAUAUCGGUACCUACUGUACUUUAUAGAGAUAUUUGCAGAUAUCAAAGAACAAUAAAUAAUAUACGCGAGCACGGUUAUAUUAUAAUGAUAAUAAUAAUAUACACUAUAUCGCGUAUAUAUAAUAGUGUUCAAACGUACAAAAAAAAAAAAAAAAAAAAGUAACUAAUAUAUUAUAAUAGGUAAUAUCGUGCGACUAUUAAUAUAUAUAUAUAUUCGUGUCAAGGGCGAUUAACCCGCGAUUUGGGUGUGUGUUUUUUUUUUUUUUUCUAACACGGUGUUCUACAUUAAUAAAUAAUAAUAGUGAUAAUAAUAAUAAUGAUAAUAAUUAUUGCCGUUGUUAUAAUAUUAUAGGUAGGUGGGUAGGUAGGUACGUCGUAUUGCAGCCGGGGCCAUAUAUUUAUCUCUUUCGGGCCAUUUUUUUUUUUCUACACGUCGGAAUGUGCAACACAUACGCUGUAUUCGGUGCUAUAUAGGUACGAAUAAUUGUCACUCGAUUCGCAUUGUUGUAAAAUUAACGCGUAUACAACAUAAUAUUACAAUAUAUAUCGUUAUUGUAAUAUUAUUAGGAUGGUGAUCGUUAAAUUAUUUCACAGACGCCAUUGCAACGCUUGCACUUUGCGGUCGCGUUGUGGUUACGUGCAGUACUGUAAUAACAUAUCUCUGGUUGGUUAUAUAUAACAAUACCAACUGCAGCAGAUUCCUUUGCGUAUACCACUACUCUGAUUACGGUAACGUGAUCGCGCUGUGUAAAACGCUAAUAAUAAAAUAUAUUAUUACAGGAUUCUUCCCUCGCGAUUUAUUGUACCAGUAUUAAAUACGAUAAAACGGCGUAAGAAAACGAUGGACAGCGUUACGAAAACGCGUUUUUUUUCUCGGGGCAGUGGACCGUCUGUGUGUGUGUGUGUUAUUUUUAUCAUCGUAUGCAUUUUUUUCUCUAUUACGGCUGCAGCGGACGUAUGCGACUGAUUAUAAUAUUAUUUAUAUUACGUAUUUUUUAUCGUCUCUUAUAAUACUGCGUAAAACACAGUAACAAGGAACGCCUGCAUUAAUAACUAAAUCGUAUAGGUACGUAACCAUGUAUAGCACGUUUAAAAUAAAACUAAAAAUUCAUAAAAAUAAACAGACGGGAGGCAACGAAAUGCAAUAACCUAGAAAAUGUCUCAAUCAUGAUGAUCAAUAACUGUAAGAAUCUACGUCAGGUAUCUUAGGUAUCUUAGCAAUCAGUAUGUAGACAAAAUUCAAUUAUUAAAAAUUAUUAUUAUUUAUCCUCUGCGUUUUGGAAGUUUAAAAAAUACAAGCUGAUGAUGGGUGUGUUAUUUACUGUUUUAAAAGAAAAGUUAGAUAGGAGGGUAAUAUAUUGAAUAAUUUAAUUUAUAUCUGUACGCAACGAUUUUGAACAGAUUAUUAUUAAACGUAUUUUUCCCUCUUGCUAAGAUAACCUAUUAGAAAUCAACAAAAAUUAUAUAAAAGCAUUUAUAGGUUUUCCUAUGUAUAAGGAAAACUAUAAGGAAAAUCGAAAAUGACCUAUCCAACUCAUUGACUCAACUAAAAAUGCUACAAACAAGUUCCUAUACAGUUUUAUAAUUUCUUGAUUUUCUGAAAAUUUUUUAAUAGAAGAGUUGUUUACGGUCACAAAAAAUUAACACCAAUCGCUUCGAUUUGCUCAGAAUUUAAAAUGAAAAGUACUUUAAAUAUGUCAUAUCUUAUUUUGUAUAGUUGUAUCGAGUGUUAGUCAUGUACGACUAUGUAAAACGCUUAAUUUAUUAUAUUGCGUAAUUAUGUUAUUAAAUAUUAAAAGUAUGCAAUAUUAUUGUUGCGCAAUAUUUCAAAAAUAUGAAUCUGAAUAUUAAUACAUCGUAUAAGGAAACCGUUAUUAUGACCGGUUGAUGCUGUUCCAAAUAUAAUUUAUUAUUAUUUUAUUUUUUAUCGCAACGAUUAAUUUAUAUUAUUGUCGUUCGAUUAUUGAUUUAUAUUUCAAAUACCGUUUAAUCUGGUUUUUAUAAUGUAAUAAAAAAAAAAAAUGAUCACGAAAGAUCUGCGGAUCUUUCGAUUACGUAUUAUUUAAUAAUAAUCGAAUCUUAGGGUGGCUUAGAAGUGUCCAACUAUAGUGUAGUUGGAUUAUUUUUUUUUUUAUAUGAUCGUACGUUUAUAUACGUCUCAUAUAAAUCGGCGAUCGAUUAAUAAAAUAUAUGUAUUUACUGUUACUGUUUAUAUUUUUCUGUUCUCCUGGUUUUUCUUAUCUAUUAGGAAAAUUCAUGGGGAAAUCAAAAAAUGACCAUUCAAAAGAACCUCCCCAGUCAAAUUUCUUUUCAGAAAAAGUGCAUUGUAAAUCGGAGCAAGAUUACUAGUAGACAAGUUAUUCACAGCCAAAAAAAAUGGGUUUAUACCCAUUUUUUAAUAUUUUUAACUAAUACCUACAUUUUGUACAUUUUCCCGUUUUCCUCCGUUUCUUUCAAUAUAUUGGAAAAACUCCUGGAAAAAUCAAAGAAUGACUUUUUAAAGCACCACCCCAGUCAGAUUUGCUUUUAGAGAAAGUGCUAUACUUGUGAAUGGGAUCUAUAUUUCUAGUAUACAAAUUGUUCACAGAUAAAAAAAAAAAAAUAUAAUAAACACGAUUGUAAAACCAUAAGCUUUUUCACUCCACUCAGAAUCUUGUCUAAUCAGAGUUUUUUUAAAAUGUUAACAGUCUAAUACAUAUAAUAAUUACUUAAUCAACAUUUAUCAAUCAUACAUGUACCAAAAAUAUAAAAUAUACUAUAAAAUAUAAAAAUAUAUUAUUAUUUGUUUAAUAGAUUGGGAAGGGGCCCCAGAUGUGUUUUAAAAAUCGAAAAAAAUUCGAGAAAUAAAAUAAGAACGUUGUCACAGUCCACAUAGAAUUAUAACAUUAAUCAUCACGUAGUAGCGUGGGUGCAGUUGCUGAUUAGUGCGUAAGUUGUACCAAUACUUUUUUUUUUAUACAUAGUUUUUUUUUUUUAGCUCCUACUGACCGAAUUGUGUGGUACAAACAUAAUAUUAUAUCGCAGAUAUUUGGUAUAUGUAUAUAUAGACAAAGAUUUUAAAUACACAUUAACCACGUAUAUAUCUACAGACCUUCUUAACGCGCCGAAUUGUGAACGGGUUAAAAAUGUCGAGUCGCGACGUCGUCCUUGACUGUGUCGUUAUUCUCUUGUUAUGUAUAUACAAAUCUAGGCCGAGGAAUUAAAAAAAAAUAUAUAAUAUACAUUAUACAUUAUGAGUAUAACGACUUGGUUCCGAGCGAAUUUGUUAUACACUCCGCCGCCGUAAUUUAGUGUUCGCGACAGAGAAAAAAAACGGGAACAUUUUUUGUUCACAUUAUACAAUAUUUAGAAAAACAAAUAGUAUUAGGUAUAACCAAUGACGACGACAACGAAGCCUGAAAUCGUACUUCGUUGAUGCACACGAUCAUUUUUUGAUUUUGUAUUACAGAUACUCGCAGUUGAUAUUGCCCGUUACAAAAUCGUAAUGUGUUUUUCGAGAGUCGCCAAUUAAAUAAUCCGCAGUGACAACUGAAAAUAAUAGACACCCGAAGCCAUACAUUAUAACUACCUUGUAUAUCAGCAUCCCAUAUUAGCACGUUCACCUCAAAAAUAUAUUAUAUUAUAACCGUAACCUAGUUAAGUCAGGUAUAUGUAACGCACGCGUUUCACCUCCAUUUAUUUAUAAGUAUCUAUAUUAUAUAAAACGCCACCGCGUGUGCAUGUUUAUGUUAAUUGAUAAUUAUUAUGUAUACUUGUAUGUGUGUGUGUGUGUGUGUGUGAUAAUAUUAUGUACAUAAUAAUUAUUAUUUGUUAUAAUUGAGACUGAAAUUCUUUAGGUACGACCAGUAUUUUCGGUAAAAAAAUCUCCGCAGCCGGAGGUUGUGGGUUAAAAGUGACGCAGUGUCAAGGUUAUGAUUAACGACGAAAUUACGACGUUUCGUAAUCGAUUUGCGGGCAAACAUUUAUGUAGUGUAUUAUACAGAAUCCAGACGAUCUAUAAUACUCCCGAUGGACAAUAUAAUAAUAAUAAUACGAUUAUUGAGUAUAGAACGAAUUAUAUACAUAAUAACAUCACUUAACCCGCAGAGUUUUGGCCGUUUAGCAUUUUGCCAUUUGAGGUGAAACAUUAUAAUAAACAACACUACAUUAUUGUUACGAAAUUUUAAAAAUUGGCGAAUAAUAAUUUAUUAUUUAGUAAGAAGGUAAUUUUUUUUAUAUAUAGGUAAAGAAUGCGUCCGAUACGGUGUAGUUUCAAUGUAACGAUUUUAGUUUUCAAAUGCUUUGUUAUUUCUAUUUUGAGUCAUUAUUUAUUUGCUUGGAGGUCGGUUAACGUUAAAUGCUCUAUGGUGGUAUAAUAUCAACCUAUUUUUCUUAUGGAGAUUGAUAACGGUGUACAAUAUUUCAGUCGAUUUAUACCAUAAAGCCAGACAAAACUGAAAGAAUUACGGUUGAUGGAUUUCAAUUUUUAAAACAGUUUAUGAUUGAAAAGGUUACUCUCUUUCGAGAACAAGAUUUUGAGAAAGAUCGCGGUGCAAUAUGUGAUGACGAGUUGGGGUGCUGGUGAAGGAGAACGAACGCUGAAAUCCGAAAAAUUACACAAAUCCCAAAGGUAACCAAUUACAUAAAGGCACAACGAUUGCUAUGGUUUGAUCACGCUAUGCGAAGAGAGGAAUUGAAAGCUAUGAAGGUUGCAAUAGACUACUAACCUAGUAUGAGAAGACAAAAGAAGAAGAAGAAGAAGAAAGGAAGACGAAUAAAAGAAUCUAAAGAAUCUCAUUAUAUUUACACGUUUUUAUAAAAUUUAAAUUCGUCUGGCUCUUCGGUCUAAAACGUCAUAUUAUUCGUCCGUAACAAACAUUUUUUGAAUUUUACAAAACUGGAGAAAAUGUGGAAAACCGUCACCGAUACCCCUUAAAUAAACAUUUAAAUAUUGAGAUUGAUAUCGGAAAUAAUGUACGUUCAAUGUUCGAAUGUCAAACAACUACUCUAUAUUUGAAUUAUUAAGGCCGUAUACCUGCAUGCAUACAGUUUCAAACCGAUUAAAAUAUAUAGGUAUUUUAAUAAUCCACAACAGUAUAAUAAACCAUAGUAGCUAUAUUAUAAAAUUGAUUGUAUAAUAUUAUUAUUGAACUAUGUAGGCUUCGUGUAACGAUUCUAUGGUGUUCAGGCUCAAUGCCAAAGGCGUACUUGUCUUAUUCAAUGCGUGUUAUAACCUUAAUAUAAUGUAAUAAUAAUACGUGUAUGUGUGUGUAUGUGUGUAUAAUGUUUAUGGAACGGACUUCCAUGAUCGUGAUAAAAUAAUACCUGCAGUACUAUAUUAUUAUUAUUAUAGUCUAUUUGAUAUAUUAUACUGUGUGCUCGAGGGCAAUCGUAGUGCACAGGUAUCCGGGAGUAAUCCUGCAGCAUAUUAUAUUCGAACCCUCGCCCCAUAUAUUCAACUAAUCAACAAUUUUCUACCUAUAAUUUAUAUACACACAAUUCCAUUAGUUUUUUCUUAUUUCGUAUACUGCAGAACCGAACGGUACUUCCUUAUUGCAAAGCGGGCGCUGGAUAAAUCGCACUCGAUAGUUCAUAAUAUUAUUAUCGGCUUUAACGAUAUAUAUAUAUAUAUAUAUAUAUACAUAAUAUAAUACAGUAUACGCAGCCAAUAAUUACUUUCAUAAUAUUUUAACGAUUUCUUCUUAUAUUCUAGUAAUAAUAAUAAUAAUGAUCAUGAUGAUGAUAUAGAUAGGGCAAUGAAAGUACGAGUAUAGAGUAUAUACAUAAGUAAAGGUGCGUUUCAGAUGUACGACGAUGAUGGCUGAACCGGAUUUGAGUUACCUAAAACGGUUAUAUUGUACAAAGUGAAUAUUUUUACGCGCAGAAGUGAAAAGUGAAAAGUUACAUCGAUGAUAUUUUACUAGUUUUGACGUUUCACGCGGAUCUUUUCAAAACGCUGUAUACAUAACUAUACGCGUGAUAAAACAGUUGUAGAAGAGCGUAUCUAUAAUAAUAUUAUUUAUAGAUAGGUAUACGAGAUGUAUUAUACAUAUUUUAUAUUUCCAUACAGCUUCGGGUUACGCUAAAAAGUUGUUAUAAUAAUAUUAUCGCCAUAAGACAUGUUACCAAAUUUCAUCUCCGGAUUGCCUAUACUCUGUGCAUGUACGUGUGUGUAUUUAUUAUUAAAACCACGAUUGAUGAAAUAGAUAAACGGAACGAGUAUAUAGAUAUAUCGGUAACGACAAACAACCAAACAAAUUAAUCGGUCUUAUGUAUAUUAUAAUAUAUAGGUACAAGUGUAUAGGUAUGUAAAUGGGUAUCCAUGGAUAGAUCUUUGACCUCGUAUUUGCUUAUUUGAACGCCGACAGAUAGUAGCAGUCACUCCUCUGGUGGAAUUUGCGAAACGAACUUUUUUUUUUUUUCGGGUCGGACGCAAUAGUUUGAUAUGUUUCGACAAAAAAUAAUCAAUAUCACGAGCCAUUAUGAUAGGUAGGUUAGGUUAGACGAUUACGGCAAUAGAUUUUUUUUUCUCGAUAUUUUCGGUCGUGCGGACUAUAUAAUAUAUAAUAAGCUGCGCUACACAAAUCAUGUAUACAAGUAAUAUAUACGAUACAAUAUUAUAUUAUUAGAGAUACGAAUAUUUUUUUUUAGUACGAAACACGAUAGAAAAAAUCGGUAAAUAAGUCAUACAUGAAUAAUGAUACCUCGACGAGAUUAUCUUAUUCGUUGCUGCCAAAAGAAAACAAACAAACAAGGAUAUCCAUGUUGCAUGCAUUUAUUAUAGGUACCAAAUCCGGAUCGGGAUUAUAAUCAAUUGAUAUAUAUAUAUAGAAUAGAUAAAUAUAAUAUAUUUAUAUAUUAUAUAAGUUCACAUUUUUUGCGGUAAGUACGAUGUAAUUUAGAACUCACAGCAGGUUUUUCGUUGGUUGCGCAAUUCAUAAAAAAAAAAAUAAUAUAUAGGAUAGUAAACGUACUCUCACCGAUGUCUUGUGGUAAUAUUAGAGUUACCAUAUUAUAUCCGACCACUAGCUGCGCGGUAAUGCGGUGUGGGGCACACGUUUAGUGAAUCACCUUGCUGCUAUUAUAAAAUGGGUGUAAAACUUCCCACGACAAGGCGCGCAGCCCUAAAGCGCAAUAUUUGUUUCUUAAAUCUUUACCGAUUUACGAAUUGUGUAAUUUAAAAAAAAAUAUAUUUCGAAGUUCGAAAUCGCGUUUGUUAAAAGGUCCUUUCACACUAUAAGAUUAGUAUCCGAUCUGAAUCUGCGUGAUUUCAGGAGAUUUUUUGUCCACGAUCCCGUGAUCUACUUAUAGUGAAGAGUUAAUUCUUCUGAAUCUAAAACAAUCGAGGGAUAUGCCUGGAUCAUGGCCUGUUGCAGUUUGCCCUUAGCUAUAAAAUACCGACAAAUACAUUUUUUAAAAUUAUUUUUUGCGAUUAAUAAUUACUCGGUAUUUUCGCACGAGAAGUGUGAAGUUGUUCUGACACACGAAACACGACCGGUAAUUCAUAUAAUCAACUUAUACUUGGCUAACUAAACAUUAACGUGCCAGACAAUUAAACGAUAAAUAUACGCAAAUAAACCGAUACAAAUCGAAACGGCGUUUUUCACCGAUUGUACUGACAAUCAAUGGAAACUCUGUAUAUUUAAAUAUCGCAAUCUGGCUUCGAAAAACGCGGUCGAACAUCUCUGUUAUCUGUACAUCUGUGUUUAAAAUUUGCAGAUCUGCGAAUCUCUCAAAACCCAGGACAGUUUUUUUUUUUUAAUGUUUAGAUAAACAUUUGGGAAUCUAUAUAAAAAAAAUAUAGGUAAAAAUCCUUCAAAAGGUUUGGCGGAUAAUUUUUUUUUUUUUACUCAAAAUUGAAAAAGCGUUUUCCGAGAGUCACGUCAUUUUUGACCGCGUUUAUAACUGCAUAAAUCGCACACAGAAUCCGUUCCGACCGUACUAUUGCACCGCGCAGCAUUCAUGCCCACAUAAUAAUAAUGAUAGGCAAUAAUAAUAAUGAUAAUAAUACUAAUGCUUAUACAUAAUCACUGUAAUGUUGAGAGCGAGUCGUCAUGGAAGAAUUGACACGCGUUUGACUGCGCCGAAGGCGGCCUUCAACUUGACACUCGCCGAGGGGAGACGGCCGAUCGUACCUACAUUAUCGUCACGGUUAAAAAAAAAAAAACCGAUGACGACACGAUUAUCCCUCAGACGAUUAAGGCCGGAACUCCACGGAUCGUACACGUACACGGGAGGGAAGGGAGACAGCGUAUAUACAAUCCUAUCGUAUAUAGUUUUUGAUUUACUAUCGUCGCAUUUACUAUUUAUAUAUGCGAAACACUUGGAUCGUGAUUCCGACGAUUAGCCGCAUAUUCGGGCCGCCGAGCAUGGUGAACACGAAUCAAUAUAUCCGUGCGAUAAUAUCGCGAUCCCUCGAUGCGCUCGAGCGAACCCCCGCCACCUUGACUCACCCCGUAUAGAAAUCGAAAUUUUAUUAGGAAAUCCGGUUUUGUGAGAUAACAAUAUUAUGUCAUCGUGGAUUCUACACGGCCGGUGAAAUUCACACGUCGUUGACUUAAGUUAUAGGCCUACUAGGCACUAGCUGCGAAUAUUCAUUUUGAACUUUUAAACUAUUUAUUUUCAAUUCGUCGCUGAACCCAUAAUUGAUUACUGUUCCCGGUGGUGUAUAGUAUACAGUAUACGAAUUUUGACGCCUUAGGAUUUAUCGGCAACAUAUUAAACAUCAUAUUAUAGUUAAGCACAUCUAUAAAUAUGCAAUUCCAACUGCUAUAUUGUGUAUUCUACUUUAUCUCGAUGCGAUAUAAGUAUGCAAUAUGCAAACGUAACAUAAUAUACGCACCAAACGUCAAACAAAUCCCAAAAAUAUUUGAUAACAUACCUAUAUACGUUUUUCUAUUGAUAAGUUAUAUAGAUAACUGUAAAUCAAUAUUUUAACAUUCAACAAAUCGUAGCGCUCCGGAUCAGACGUCCCUGCAUGUUGCCUCAGUAUAGACAUAUAUAUUGUAUAGCUUAUAGCUGAUGUUUUUAUAUAGAGCUUAUCUUGUGAAAGAAAAACUGCAUACUUUGCGCGAGGCGAGAUCGAAAAAAAGGGAAAUCGGAUAUACGACACGCGGGAGAUUCGAAUGUUUUGCCGAAUCGCUCGAAUGCGUCCGCGUCCUUCGGGGUAAGAUGAACUCCCCCCCUCCCCGGUGAACACGACCACUUUCCCGACCGGCGAUGACGUGAAAUUGUCGCGAUCGAAUUACCGCGUUGUAUUGUAGGACCUACAAUACAAUGUGCUACCUAUAUAAUAUUGUAUUACCAAUAAUAUACUUUUCUGUACGAACACACUCAUCUCGUCACGUCAAAAUAUAUUAUAUUAUCGUUAUUGUUACUAUCGCUGAUAAAACGUACGGAAAAAAAAAAAAAAAUCACAAUCCUAAUAUUAUAGCGACCACGUAAUAUUUUAACGGUUUUAUGGACUUUUUUUUUACGAAACGCUCGAAAUAAAAUUAUAAUAGACAUUAACAGCAUAAAAUUAUGGGCAGUAUUAUUUUAUCAGCGCGCGCGCACGGUAAACGUACUGUCAUUUGUGUAAAAAGAAAAAAAUCAUUUUUUCUAUCAUAUUUAAUUCCAAAUUGCUCAGAAACGCAUUAUUAUAGUAUUACAAUACUUGUAUGCCUACUUAUAAGAAAUAAUAAUUUAAUACAUUAUAUUUUGUACGUGAUGUAUACCCACCUUGUACAUAAUGUUUUAACGUUUCAUAAUUUUUAUUUAUUUUUUGCCAUUGCUCAAUAUUUCGUCAAAUGGCUCAAAAAAAAGUCCAGUAGUCAUAAUUUGUAAAUAGAACACUGAGCACACACAGCACCACUGCCUGCCACCGCCUCCUACUAAUGCAAUAAUUAAAAAGUGCAUCGCGAAUCAUAUACGCGCUACUGUAUAGCAUCGUAAUAUAAAUAAUAAUUAUUAUUAUACGGUUAUUAUAAAAAUUAUCAUUAUUUUUUUACGAAAUAUAUACCGUCGUUUACUACACAUAAAAAAAAAGAAAGAGAAAAGUUCAUUAAUAAUAGUUCUCGUGAGUUUACGACAUAUUGGAUAUACGUAUAAUAGUAGUGGAGCUUUCUUCGACUGGUAUAGCUCAAGGCUUUACAUUUUUUUGUUCUCUCGUGGUAUAACAUAAUGCAUAAUAAUAAUAUAAUAUAAAGGUUAUAAAACGUGUAACACAAAUUCGCUAUGGCAUUCGUCACUAUAAUAAUAAUAUAUAAGAACCGUUUAUUAUACCCGCGAGACGAGAUCAGUUGCAAUACUCAAGCCACUCUAUGGAAGUAUUUAAACUGUUUAAAGAUAUUAUUUAUAGGUUCCUGUAUUUAUUGUCGAAUUCAUAACCUUUUGUAAAAUAAUUUUACUUUGAGAGAGAUUCUGAGUGGGGGGGACGGUCUUGAGCAAGUACCACCCUCAUUACUGAAAAAAAGUACUUUAUUUACUACAUUUUUAAAUGUAUCAUGUAUAAUAUUAUCAAUGUUUGAUGUCAAGAUAAAGUUGAAAUACAAGUGUUUCUUUCAUCGUCGAGUUUAUAUUUAAAAAAAAAUCGAAAUAAAACAACAAAUACAAGUCAUAGAAGAAUUAUAACACACUACCAACUCGAAUAUUUUUCGGGUAUUCGAGGCGACCAAGUAUAUGUAAUAUCAUAUUAUUACAUAAAAUUGUUUAAUUUUUUCGAUAAGCUAUCUGGCUGGAGUACUCUGAAAAAAAAAACAUUCCUAGCCCUAGUUUUGUUGGUAAGUAAUAAUGAUUAUUUGCUUCACGAUUUCUUUCGAGAACCGAAAACUUUACUAACAUAAUAUCAUAAUAUUACUAUUAGACGGGAUGCCACUGAAAAUUCCCAUGUUUAUAUGCGUAUUAUAGGUACGUUGUACGUAAUACCUAAUAAUUAUUGGUUUUAGGUACGAUUUAAAUAUUAUUAUUAUACACACACGGUAUUAUUGUGUGUCUGAUAAAAAACGAUUUCUACGUGAGAUUAUUAUUAUUGUAUAAUUUUCGUCACGUUAUGCAUUAGUUUCGCUGCAGUAAUAAUAAUAUGUAUGCUACCGUUUUAAAGCGUCGCGUUGGUCGCCUUACAAACGACGACUUACGUGACUAUAUUAUAUUUUGUAUUCCGAUUAAGUAUAUUAAAGUAUUAAAAAAAAUAUACAUAUUUGUUUAAAUGCUGAUAUAUUACUGAUGGACGCGUCAAUGUUUUGGAAGGAAAGAAUAUAAGUAAUAGAGUAUUUUAGUUUUUAACUGUAUCUACGCAGAGAUAAACUGUUUUAAUGAAAAAAAAUUCUGAGUAAAUUACUAUUAUUUAUUAGUCGUAUUUAUUUCCCUCGUAGUCAAUGUAACCCAGAAAUCAACAAAAAUUACACAAAAACUGCCAGUUUCUGUCAUUUAUUAUGAAAAUUACAUUAAAUAAAAAAUUAAAUUUAAGGGAAAUCGAAUAUCCCUUAAAUUACGGGUUUUCGGUUUUUUCUACUCCUAUUUCCUUAAGUUACCAAUAAUUCCUAAAGAUUUGUAGUUUCUAAUGUAAGUACUUAAGAACAUUUAUCAUUUGUGUUUAAAACUGACUGAUGUUUUAUCAAAAUCCAAAAAUAUGAGAAAGAUGAUGCUUGCUGAGCAGUAAUGUUUUUUUAUUGAAAUACUCGUAUAACCUGCAAUUAUAUGAUUGAACAUUAAGCAGUUUUAAUGAUUUGCGGUCGAUUAACAUUGAAACGUUACGAUGGUUACCGCGUGAUUGGUUAUGAUCGUACAAUAUUAGCCGCCUGAUUGGUUAUGAUCGUAUAAUAUUAGCUCGUUAUAAUAACUACGGUUUUUUUUUCGUUUCUCAUUUAUUUUCCAUUGUCAGUUAAAAAAUACUUCAGUUAUUAUUUCCAUAAAGAAUAAAACAUAUUCCAUCGAUUUCAAUGAAGAAUUAACACUAAAUAUAUUAUUUACAUUGAUUUUUACAGAUAUAGCAAUAUGGAUUUUGUAUUUUAAUUAGGCAAGUCAAAAAUAAUAUCAAUUAGUAUAUUAUUGCGAAACAAAUAAUCGUUGUGAAUUUUCAAUGACAUGGAAUGUCGCGGCCGGUACCUACUAAAAAACCGCACCCGGAAACUGAUAAAUACCAACCGAAUUUACUCUGUCUGCCUGCCCGUCUGUCUGUCUGUCCGUCCGUCCGUCUGUCCUGCGGUCGUUUAAUAAUAUGUAAUUGGACAAUAUCUAAUGUAAUAUGUAUUAUAACAUAUUGUGCAUAAUAUAUCGAGCCGGCAAAACAUAUACCUAUCUAUCUUACCUAUAGAUAAUUAUUAUAAUGUAUGUGCACACACACUAUUAAUUUUUAUUUACAAACCUACCUCGCGGUAUCGUCGUGACAAGGUUACAUAUAAAUAAAUAAUUGUAUCGAGGUCGAGGGGAAAGAAAAAACCCGAUAAAAUGUGUAACAACUCGUGUUAUACUAUGUGUUGUAAUUAAUUCAAAAAAAAAAAAACAAGUGAUUUAAUGUAUAGGUCAAUUAUUAUUUGGUUUGCGAUGUGAACGGUUUACUGUGAACUCCCGGAGAUACUCGUCUCUCCGGUAUUAUAAUAAAAUUAUUCACCUUGUCUGUCAUUAUAAAUUAUAAUUUAUAAGUUUAUAACUGCAAACUCGUUUUUUUUCUUCUUCGGUUGCUACUGCUGAUGUACAGCCGGCAAUCCUUUGGAAUUUUUUUUUCUACAAACAAUUAUGGCGUUAAACGUUCACUAACACCCAUAUUACAUUUUGCUCCCAGCAUGACUAAAAUAAACAGGCAUGUCAGCAAAAAUAUAUAUUUUCUCAACCACUGCGUAUGUGUCCCAGUCUUUAAUAUUCUAGGACCCGAAUCUUGGAAUAUAUCAAAAGUGCAGCUAUUGGCUUUGUAUAUAAUACGUUCAAAAAUUGAAAAAGUGCGUUAUAUUAUAUAUAUAUAUAUAAUUUUUUUUUGUAAUAGUUUUGAGGUUCAAGAAGUUUUUAUAUUAUGCUUUAUACUCAUGAAUUGUUCAUUUUAUUGGUUUUUUUUUUGGAGGGGGGGGGGCAACGGUAAUAUUGUGGUACCGAUAAAUCUCGACAAAAUCGAUUUGGCCUAAACCUAUUACUUAUAAUAUAUUAUAGAAUAACCCUUGACUCCUAACAAAUAAGGCAAAAACCAAUAUGCAAUUAAUAUUUAUAACGACCGCAAUAUAUUAACAAUCUUGAAUCUUAAUAUCGAAAAGUUAAAUACGACUAUUAUCGUUAAUAUAACUGUCAUCAUUACGAACGAAUACCUAAUGUUGUAAUAAGUUUAAGUAUACUUACUUAUAGGUAAGUAUAGAUAAUACGUCAUAAUAUAAUGAGAAUAGGUGUAAUCGAAAUUUGUCGAAAAAUUAAUUUGGUAUACCAAAUAGAGACGAGUGACGUAAGGUUCGUGCAAUUUCGUAGUAUAUUAUGAGGGUGAUAUCGAUAGACAAUAAUAAUUACUAUAUUAUAGGCACGACAAUAAAUAAAAUAAAAUGUUUAUCAUAAUAAUAAUAGUAUCUUAAGUGUCUUUUUAUGCGUGAUUAAUUAAUUAAGACUUAAAUGCUCGUGCUGCGUAUUAUUGUAUUAUUUCAAUAAAGUCGUACACCUAUAACCAUAUACGUGUGAAGUGUGGUAACUGGUGAUAUUAUAAUAAAGCAUCUAAAAUAUAUAUUUAUGUGAUAAUGAUAAAUAAGACAGUGAUUUUUGGUACAAAAUUAUAUUGGAAUCGAACACGUAGACUAAGUCACCGUAGUGUCGCAAAUUCAGGUAUCAUACGUCAGAGUGUAAUUCUUUUACUGUAUGAUGAACCAGCGAAAUAAGAUAUAUUCUAUAUAUUUCUAUAAACCUAAUAUAUAAUAUAAAAUCUAUUAUAGCCUUACAUAAAAAGGAAGAAUAAAACGAGGAAAAGUAUUCAAUUUCGUAUUCAUGUUCAAAAAACGCAUGCGGGUAAUUGAUUUUUGAAAAACCAAUCUAAUAUAUAAUAUUAUGUAGAUUAUAUUAGGUUAGGUUAGAUUCGGGUUUAAAUUUAUGUGAUUCCAUUUAUGAUUUUUAUUAUUAUUAUUAUUAUUAUUAUUUAAUACUUUAGUAAGUAAGAUUUAUAUAUUAAACGAUUCUGUAUGAUAAAUAUAUAGGUAUGUUACUAUAUCCUUAUACUACUACGAGAGUGUGAAUCAUUAUUUGUCCAGACUGAUAUGCGUCAAGGUUCAAGAAAAUAAUUUUUCGUAGGUUUAAAUAUAUUCCAAUGGUGGGAGGGGACAGGUCCGGAUUAACGUAUAGGCGAAGUAGGCAUGUGCCUAGGGCUAGGCAAUAACAGGGGCUACAUUAUUUCUAGUAAUACGCAAUAGCAUUUCGAAAUUAAGCAUAUUAAAAUGGAUUAAUUACUUGACAUAAAAGUUUUAAAUUUUAAAUCAUUAAAUCAUAAAUUAAAAAAUAAUUUUACAGCUAAAGUAUAUAGAUAUACCAUUUAGAUGACUUAACAUUGGGAAAUAUGGGAAUAUUAACAAAUAUAUGUCUAGGGCUAUGGUUGGGCUUAAUCCGGUCCUAGGAGGGGGAAUUUCGCCUUUCCCCUAAUGGGCGCCCAUGAUGCGAUGUUAUGAUGUAGUAGAAGUCAAGAAUAUAUUAUAUAAAUGCAGCGUAUAGGGACGAUAUAUACGCAUCAGAAUUCCGGGCGCGUGCGGUGUAGUAUACGGACACAAAUAGAGAUACCAAGGUAUAUUCGUAAUAUUUUUUUGUAUAUAUAUAUACACGUAUACAUAUCUAACCUGAAUAUUAUACAAUCGGAUCGUUUUGCCGCUGAAACAAUUCCAUAAAACAGAUGCAGUAUAAUUUAUAUAAUAGGUAUAAAACAAUUAGAGCAACUAUAGUCGAUCAAACGAUUGUAUUUCACCGCACGCGAGGAGACCGGGUUUUUUUUUUUUUUAUUCACUUUCAUUGAACAAUAUAUAUUAUACGAGCGACCAAGUCCGGUUUUUCGUAUUUUUAUUAUACUCACAUUUUUUUUUCUCAAUCAUAUCAACAAUCGUUUACUGCAAAAAAAACUGCAAUAGAAUACAUAGACGUAUAAUUAUUUUAUGCGUUUGCCGCAGGCAACUAUACAACAUCCACAUUACCUGGAUGAAAGCGAUACGCUUAUUAUAUUUUAAUAUCCUGCAGCGGAAACUUAUGAGUACCUAUACUUACGACUUACAAGUAUAUAAGUAUAUAAGUAAACCGUUAUAAUAAGGAAAAAUAUGAAUUGCAAUUAUUUUCGAUCAACCGACAAUAUACUUUAAAAUCAUUCGAUUGUCACCGCACUGUCAGUUCUAUAGUUAGUUUAUAAUAAAUAAUAUUAUUUCGGAGAAAAUAGUGAAUUUCUAUUUUAGAUUCUGAACGAAGCGAAAAAUGGUCUGGUUUUACUAUGAAGCGUUUUUUGUGUGUGUCUGUAUUCAAUUUUUCCACCAGAAAUAUUGCUCCAGUCAAAAUUGUACAGGAACUUUCUGAUAGUAUUUUUGAUUUUUAAUUGGUACAUUGAGGAGUUCAUGUUUUAAUUUUACUAGUAAUUUACUUGAUAAACGGGAAAAACUGGCAAUUUUUUGUAUAAUUAUUGAUUUCUGACGGGUUAACUCUGUGACAAGAAGAAAACUACGACUAAUAAUAUUUUGCUCGUAAAUGUUUUUAAACGGUUUAUCGCUGAUGCAAACUACUUCCAACUUUCCUCCCAAAACAGUGGCACGGCCAUUAGCAGUAUGUCGGGCUUCUUUUUUUUUUUUUUUUUAGUUUCGGUCGGUUUGCAAUCGUGAAACGGGUAAAGAAGUGACGGGAUCGAUAACUAUGCGCAAUCGCGUACCGAUUUGAUCCUGUGUGACCCGCCGUAAUAUUGCAAUUAUCGCCGUGAUAACAAUAUUUUCGCACGUCGCCUGGUAUAAUUAUUAUUGUACCGGUCGGUACACAGGACGUACGCGGGCAGAUAUUACGGGUACGACGACCCAACUCUCCGCGGGUGGGGGGUCCCACACGCAAAAAACGGUUUUUUGCGUCCCACAUUGGACGCGACAUUGUGCUACGUAGGCGGUACUUACAAUGCGCCCGUUGACAAUACGGCCGUGUUACGUAACGCGUCUCGUAAGUAUAACGUUGCAAAUUAGACAAGUGUAAUAAUAAUAACAAUAAUAAUAAUAAUCUUAUGUGGUCCACAAAGAUGAUUGAUUAUGUUAUCGCGUAUGGCGGCGCGGCGACGGCGUGUGUGCGCAACGUCGUCGUCAUCGUGACGAAAAACGAGUCCGGGAAACACGAGACAGCGGCUUCGACGGUAGCGCGACAAGCGAUUGCAACGAAACUAGCUAGUUAUAAACGCUUUUUUCUAUGUUAUAACUACAUAAUAAUGCGUGUAAAAUAAUAGUGUAAAAACGUGAAAAUGUGUAUGUCUGUACCAAACAAAUGCAAGUAACUAGGUAUAUACUUACAAUGGUAUAAUCGCGGCAUGUAAAUUGUCGGUAUAACUUACUUAUCGUAAACUUUAAUCUUUCAGAAAUUCCGCGACAUAUCUGUACGCAUUGUAAAACACGAUAAGACAUUCGCGUCGUCGUCGUAAAAAUACACAAAUAAUGUAAAUCUUUUCUUUUUUUUUUUAAAUAUGUGUAUAUAUAUAUAAAGACAUUUGUGUUAAAAGAACAUUUAAAAAUGUGUAGCAUCGAUAUGUCCGAAAAUGUUAUCGAAAUAAAAAUGUACAGUGCGUCCAGAAGGUUUUUAUGUAACAUACAUUUAAUAUACAAAUUCGGUGUACUAAAAUGUUGUUGGUACACUACAGGAUUUUGCACCACAAGAAAUAUUUGUACAAUUAUUACGGUUUUAGAUUUUCGCCCACUUGACAGAAAUAAUAUUUUAAAGUGACAUGACAAGAGAGAAUAAAAUAUCGCGAGUGAUUGCAAUGAUCAAAAUUAUAUCUAGGUUAUAGUGUAAUAAUAUUAUACAAAUAUCAAGUAUACGAAUAAAGUUUAUGAGAAUUAAGUUUUUAUUUUUUUCCUUGCUGUUCUACUAUCUGAUUGAUUUUUUUUUUUUAAAUCGAUGUCGUUUUUAUUUACACGCAACUCCGGGAUUUGUUUUAUUAUCUGUCUAUAUACUAUUUAUUUAUUAAUUUUACAUGUAUACCUACAAAAACAUAUAUCAUAUUUUGUAUUCAUGUAUUAUGGUUAGCAUUAUGUAUUGCAACAUAUAUAUUGCAAGUAAAAAUAUGUUAAAUAUGCGCGAACGUAGUUGCAUCGAAUAAACCAAUAUUCCGCACUAGGAUUAUUAUUUUAAUAUUUUUAUUAUUAUUAUUUUUUUAAAUAAUUGAAUAAUAAAUAAUGUGAAUUAUUUUAUUACGAUGAAUAUAAUAGAAAAUCAGAAUUUAGUCAAUUAUAUAUAUAUAUGUAUACUCGUAUAUACCGUUUAAAAAAAAAUCGUAUAAAUUAGACAGUUUUUAUUCAAUUCAAUAUACUAUCGAGGAAUUGGUAUAAAUCGAGAGGAGGGGGAGGGAAACCAAGCGUCGUUUAUAUUAUUAUGAAUCCUAUUAUAUAAAUACACGAAUUGAAAAAUGAAUUAAAGAAACGCUUAUUAAAAAAUCGAUCGGUUUUUGUGUAACACUCGUAUUAUGCAUCUGACACACGCGUAUGUAAUAUUCGUUAUAUUUUCCGGAAACGUCUUUUUACGUGUAUUUAAAAUCCCACGAGUAUUUUUACGAUUUAUCUUAUAUUUAUAUUCUCGCGAUUUUCUAUAAUAUCUAAUAUUUCGAUAAAAGUGCGCAUUGUUAUACUAUUAACGUUGAUCGAUCGUCGUCGUAUUUUCUCUUCGUUACAUAUACGAGACACGACACCCAUCAUCACAGAACUAUUACAACAGCAAAACGCCCGUACAAUAAUGUACUCUCGUUCAGUGACUUGAAGAGACAGUCGCCCGAUAAUUUUGUAGGAGCUGUAGUAAAGUAAGGCCGAGGAACAGGGUCGAGUACUGUUUUCGCUAAAGUAGGUAUCUUAAAUAUUAGUACCAUAGAUUUAAAAUUGUAUCUUGUAUUGCGAUAUGUACUGAAAAAGUAAAUAUCUACAGAUACUCCUUUCUCCUAGAUAUUCUUAGAUAUUUCUGGAGUUAUUCCUCCACUGGCUUUUUGAAAAAUAGAGUAUAUUAAAAAUCGAUAAAGAUUGUACGACGAACAUUUGACGAGGGGGAAGAGAUUGUUUGGAAUUUCGUAAAAUGUUUGCAAAUAAUUAAUAAGUACCGAAUCUCUUACAAGAUAUAUUACGUGCGUGAAAAAUCGAACGAAUAUUUUAAUUUUAAAUGUACCGAGUAUUGCAAUACUUGUUACGCAUUCAGUACCUGUACAGUAUGUUGUAUAUACUGAAAAUCAAAUCUAUCUAAAGUGUCGAGUGUCUACGGAUGCUCGUUUCGAAGUAUUCGCCGGUAUUUUUCGAGGGGUAGGUGCGGCGGAAAUUAUUUGAUAAAUAUAAUUCGACCGAUUUGAUAUUACGUCGGGUAUCGCCGCGGCCGCGCUACAAACACGUGCGAUAAUGUCGUAGGUAUCCGGUUGGAAAAGUGAGGGAAAAAAAAAUCGCCCGGGAUUCGACCGUGAAAUAACAAAACCGACUGCGUACCGUAUUUAUUAUUAUUAUUAUCCGCAUAUAGGAUACAAGAACUCGCGUUAAUGAACGACGUCACACGCGGUACCAUUAUAAUAAACAUAUAGAGUAGCGUAUAUCCACGGGUAUUCCGGCGAGGCGGGCGGGCGCCAAGAAUGUCGUCCGGUGAACGCAACGACCCCGGACUCGGCGUAAAGGCCGGUAGUUUACGGAAUACGGACGGCUGCCGCGGGCGCACGAGAAGCCUUCGCGCCCUCCACGCCCCGGACGCGCGUUGUAAUUGCGCACGACCGCACGGCUCCCGCCCGCGGCGGUUGCGUUUGUGGGCCCGCCGGGCGCCCGCGUUCCACGCCUAGCACACCGCUUGGCGUCGGUUAGGACAGGUCUUUUGUAUCAGUGCGCGCGUGCGGCCGUAAACGACUUUUCGACCAGAAACGACCGUACAGUCGAACGUCUUAACGGAGAAUUAACUACCUCGUAACCGUAGGUCGUGUAAACAGAGACUGAUAAAUACGUGGAGUUGUUUGAGACCGGCAGGUUUUAAAUGUAACAUAUUGAAGACGUAAAUUCCUUUAAAUGUCAUAGGUAAAGCUCGAGAUGACUCGGGGUUCAGGGCUCCUAAAUGCCCCUACAUGCGUCUAUAAUCGUAGUGCAUUUUGGACGUAGUCGAUUGUGGAUGUUAUUACCGUUUGAUUUUUCUGGUUUACAGUUUUCUCGAUUACGGGCCGGGGGAGGGGGGGCUCGACAAUAUUUGGGCAAUAAAAUUACCCCAUUAUACACGUAUAGGUACUUAUAACCGAUGACGAAACGAAAGUAUAAAAUAAUCCAGAAGCAUCAUACUAAUGCUUUCGGUUAAAAUCGCAUUUAAUUACGAUAUCGUAUAUCGUCAAAAUAACUGUUGAGUCUGUUGAAUUUACUAUUGCAACCAAAACCGUGAUUGUUAACAAUAUUACACAGGUAUCACAAUAUACAUGUGGAUGAUAAGACCCGCGAAUUAUAUGGCGGAUUAAAAUUUCACUUCUUAUCAUUCGUGUGAUGCGCAAAUAAAUUUUCAAAUAUAUUCAAUCGUUUCUUACCGAUUUCUUCUGAGCGAAUACUAAUAUUUAGUUAUUUUUAUAUUGAGUGACCACUCUCGCAUCAGAAAAAAAAACAAAACAAAUUAUAGCGAUCGUUUCUCAAAGACCUCCUUUUGAUCAAAGCAUGUUAAUAAAUAUCCCGUUUAAUACCUUUCCGACUGACUCGACCGAACUUAACCUUACCGACCGUAUUAGUGUCCAUCUGUAGUGCUAUUUAUGCCGGUUUAUUUUUUUUUCUCGUACAUUACGCAUAAAUAAUAAUACAUACAUGACUAGGUAAUAGCACGAUUUUUAUCAGUGUACUCGGAGAGUAUAAUAUUUAGAUUAAAACGGUUACAAACCCAUGUGUUAAUCUCAUCACUGAUUAGGGAUACAGUAAGUGCUCGUAACUCGUUAUUUCGCCAAUAAUAAUAUUCACACAAAACGUAGUGCUUACAUAAAUAAUCAACAACAACGUGAUUGCUUUUGAAUUGGCUGCAACGAUAAAGUUUACAAAAUAAAUCUGAAAACUAAACCGUAUCCGAGUGCGAAAAACCGACAGGCGGCACGGACGGCGGGUCGAUAAGAAACGUGUUCCAUUCCCGUACACUACAACCGGCUGCGCGCAUAACCGCCGGGCACGGUCGCAAAUUCUGGAACGGCGAAGUGCGACGGAGUGUAGGGAGGGAUGUCCCGUCGUGUGUACAGUAUGGGCCGCGGUAUUACGCCGCCGACGCGCGCAUAACGCCCCGGUGUCAUAUACACGCCUAUAAAAUCGUGUCCGAGAGCUGCUGGGAAAAAUCGCACCGGUUUCGUCACCGAGCCAAACACGCACGCGUGCGUUUCAAUAAUAAUAAUAACAAUAUUAUUAUCAUGUGUAUAUAUAUGCGUAUGUAAAUGUAAGUAUUAAAGUGUACAAAGGUAUGCUCAUAUUGUAACGCCCGUUUGCGCCGCCGCCGCCGCGUACUUACGAUAUUUUGUAAUAAUCGCGUAUAUGUACUUACCGCGUGUUUGUACACACACACAACAAUAAUAAUAAUGAUAAUAAAAUAAAAUAUUAUGUAGAUUACGGCGCCGGCGCACUCGUAUAAUAAUAUUAUUGUAUACACACGUAUAUAUAUAUUAUAUUAUAUUAUAAAAUAUAUGUAUAUUCAUCGUGUACAAGUGCAUUAUAGAAUUAUAUUUGCAGUCGGGUCGACUCGUCGUCGUCGUCGUCGUCGUCGCGGUGCCGCCGCCGGGCAAACGACAUCGUAAUAUUAUUAUAAUAUAGCCACGCAGUGAUAAACUAGAUUUCUAUCUCGUGCGAUGGAAACAGAAGACGAAAAAAAAAAAUUAUUAUAAUUUAUUUAUUUAUUUUUUUUUCUAUCUAUAACGUACGAGUGCAAUAUUAUUAUUAUUGUGUAGUGCAGGUGUACGACGACGACGACGACGGGCCCGAACGUGACAAUCCGCGUUGCGAAACACUGCGGGUUUACAAUCGUUUGCGAACUAUAUUAUGAAUCGCAACGACGACGACGAUAUUGUUCGGUUUUUUUUUUUUUUUUAUCCGAUUUUUGUAUUAUUUUCUGUCCCAAUAAGCGAGCGUCGUCGGUCGUCCCGUCCGUUCACAAAAACUCGUGAAAAAAACACGUUUUUGCAGCUCGUCGUCGCUUGCGUAAAGGUCGGCACAUUUACUACGUUUAUAUAGCCUCGUCUUGAGUCAGCAUUUCGGCCGAUUGGGUGUGGCCUUUUAGGCCUGUAGAAAAUAUUUGAUUCAGAAGUGUAUACGUAAGUUUGCCCUGCUACAGCUUCUACUGAAUAUUGAAAUGACGUCGCCACAAUCAACUGUCGUUGAAAAAUAGAAAAUAUUAUCGGGAACCUAGGAAACCCGCUGGAUGAAAAAUUCGCUUAAUCCUUUGCUGCGAAUGUUUUUGAGCAUUUUUAUACCAUAUAUAGACAAAACAAAACCGAAUCCACCACUAUGUUGUAUAAACAUGAAGUAAAUAAUAUCACAGAGUCCGCAGACAUUGUUCAAGGGAGAGGGAAGCAGAGUCGAUUCAAAAAAUAAAUAACAAUCUUUUUUUCUUAAUAAACGAACUCUUAACGUUAAUAUAAUAAUAUCAUACAUACAAGUCGGACCCAAGUCUCGUAGAUUUUUAAUGGAAACGAAGUGUAACAUGAAUCUUAGACUCGGACCACAUAUUAUUUUUUUUUGUUUUUAAUUAAUAAUACUAUUCGAAUUAAUUGUAUUAUUAUUUCACUAUGUUAACUGAAUACUAUACUCGUAAUUGUUGUUUACAUAAUUUUAUGUUAUCACUAUAUUUACUAACUUUUAUAUUUUUAUCAUUUCUUUGUAAAUUGCCGUCAGGCGCACAUAUAUAUCUUCUUCUUCAUUAUUCAAUCCUGAGAUUGGUUUGUAGAUAUUCUCCACUCUUCCCUGUUACUUGCCUUCCUCUUUGUCUCUUCAUAAGAAGUACACCCUUGGUCCUCUAUUAUUUGUUGCAUAUAUUCCAUUCGUGGUCUUCCCCAAGCAUUUUUUCCUUCCACGCAGCCUUCUAUGAUUAAUACUAGCAACCCACCAUGUCUUAAUGCAUGUCCAAUCAAUUUAUUUCUCCUUUUCUUGAUACUACUCCAUAAAGUUCUUCUCACGGACAUUCUUUCUAAUACUUCCUCGUUUGAUACAUAUAUAUAAAAUAAAAUAAAAUGUAUAGAAUCAAACAUUGUCUUCCGAAAUCCACGAAAAUCACUCGAAUUAACGUCGUCCUCGGCAUUUCGCCAUAACACGUAUAUUAUAUCGACCGGGUAUCUCCUUCGUUGAUUUGUUGAUAAAUAUAAUAGUAGAUGGGAGGCAAUUACGUCGUUUUGCCCUCCCCCACCCCUUUUGGACGACCGCAAGUUUUAAUAUUACAGUAUUAUUUCGAUUUAGCAAUCCGUCUGGAAUAUCCCAUCACAUCACGAGGUUCGCUAAAACGUUUCGGCGUUGGCGAUGACGUUUUAUAACGUCGCGAUCAUUGACGAGUAAGCCAACAUAAUAUUUAAAAUAUUUUGUUUAUGAUGUUUCGAUUCCGUGUUUUUAUCUCCGUAUACCCCUGAGGCGCCUAUAAUAUCUCGUCUCCAUUCGAAACCUGCUAUUUGCGCGACCACUCGUGCCGCACUUCACUGCUAGUCUUCUUGGCCUGUUGGCCGAAAACCGUUUCCGUUGCAUAACCACUCGUUUAAUUAACUUUUCAAUUAUUUAAAAUUAUAAUAUUAUGUAUGUAUAUGUACGUAACCAUCUACUUUUUUUUUCUUCUAUUUUAACGAGCUCAUCCUAAUUCUUCCUCUUCAAUCCGAACGCGCUGUCCGCGCACGCACUCUGUGCUCACCAAUAUAACGAAAUCGUCGGACCAAUUCACAUUCACAGUCCGUAUAUUAUGUAUGUAUAGGUUAAGUUUGAAUAAUGUAAUAUAAAUCAUAUAUAUAUAUUAUCAUGUAUAGUUACUGUUAUUAUUCGGGACGGCUAUAUAUGUCAUCAGCCAUCAUGUGCUGUGAUGAUUUAUGAAAGCCGUCCGUUCUUCGUUCGUAUCGCGUGAUGUUUCCCGGCGAAAAUCUCAUUAGACUGCAAUAUUGUUAUUAUCAUUAUACCGGCCGGUAUACGGUUUCCGGUUACCGGCACUGAACUCGUUGGAACACGCGAGUUAGAUAACAAUAUUAUUAUUAUUAUUGUCGAGCGUGAUCGAAAUUAUUACUAUUAUUGUAUUGUAUUGUAUAGCGUUUUUGAAGCCGGUGAGUGGCUGAUGCUUCGAGUCACUAUACUAUAAUGUACGGAUCGUUUUUCAACAACGAUAAAUCCAGCAGUCCCUCCGGUUGAAAUUCGCAGCGACUUUUCUCACCUGUGGUAAAUACCUGACGUGCUAUAGUCGGCUACCCAGCAAAACAUCUCGUAAGUGGUUUUUUCUUUGUUUGCUUGUCUGAAAAACAACUUUUCUACCUUGCUCAAAAUCAAAAUUGUACAGAAACAUUCAUGUAUCAUUUUCGUUCUAGUUGGAGUAUGGAGAGGUCAUUUCUUUGAUUUUCCUUGUAGUUUUCUUAAUAUCAGUUUUGUACUCGUAAAUUUCGCGCCCUACCCUCGGACUAGAUUUAUCAAAACAAAAAUAUGUUUAGAGUCGAUUGGGGUUUCUUCGUAUUUUUUCCUCAUUUUCCCGUGAAACAUUAGCGCUGACGUUAUGAUGAUAUAGACGUCUAGUCAUCAUAUAUAUACACUUAGGGCACAGGUCAGAAUUUCGAAUUUCAAAAUAACCGCAAUGCCACUGCCACCGCCGCAUAUACUCUGCAGGAAUCGUGUUUUGUGCUCGCGUGGUUUUUUUUUUUUUAGUUGGUAAUAUUAUAGAUAUAGGUAAGUAUACACAAUAUUCGUGUCGGGCGCCGCUGUAAAGAACGGGGUCAUUCGCGUAGCAUCAUAGUCGUCGUAUAUUUUGCGAUGAAUGCUACGGAUUUACAACGUAUAUAUUACUGCAGUAUCCAAUAGUCUCAGUGUGUGUGUGUGUGUACGUGUAUAUUUUGUUUCAGCAAUUACGUCACUAUAUAAUACAGCGUGUGUCUAAACACAUGUCCUAUAUAUGUAUACAUAUAUAUAGUGUUAAGAAUAUAAAAACGCUGUUUUUCCUCAUGCGCAUAGUCUUAUACACGGAGUAUAACAUAAUAUAUAUGUAAAUUGUACGCAUCCACCUAAACGAUUGUGCACACGGUUGUUACCGGAUGGUCAUUGUCGAGCUUUAACCGUGGUAACGUCUUAAUGAACGACAUUAUAUUAUUAUAAAUACCUAGGUGUCGUAUUUGUUGUGUGCAUUUUAAUAUUUUUCACCCGACCACUCGGUUCCCCUGUCAUAUCACUAUCGUGACAGAGACGGGGGGGGGGCUUUAGUGAUGAUGAAUAUUGUAAGCAGUUGCCCAAAUAAUAAUUCUAUAUUGUUUUUCGUAUAGGUAUUCGAAGUAAAGUUAUCAUACAUGACAUUUGUGACUCGUGGAUGUUCUCGCUAUACACCUUUUCAUCGUAAUCGAGGUUUAUCUCCAUGAUGGAUUUCCUGGAAGUUUGAAUAGGUUUAGUUAAUUCUCGGGACUGCCCCUUAAUUUUCAGUAAAUAUAAUUUCCCUGCGAAUUCUUUUCCACUUUAAGCACUGACCCGAACACAUCGAAUUCCUCGGUGUAUUGACGAAAUCUCGUUUAUUAUAUUAUAUCGGUCCGUCAUUAUCCGCGCGGUAUCUGUGUGAGCAUGCUUAGCGUUACUUUUUCCAAUUUCGCCCUUCCACUCAUGACGAAGAAAUACCUUAUCAUAAGUCAAGUCCAUUAUUUGAACCGUAAAUCAGAUUCUUCAAUUUCCAAAAAUCAUCUAUCCCGGUAUACAGGUACAUAAUAUUAUACUUUUAAUUGUACUUGUAGCCUGUAGAUACAAUUUCAGUGUGCGUAUACAUCGUUGAAAAUAAUACAUAGGUGUACUUAUCGGUAUAACUGAACAUAGGCACGUUUUUCGAAAGUCAAGUCGCUGCGUAUUAAGAGAUUUUUUUCCUGUCGAAAAUAAUUAUAUAGCGACUAGUUUCUGCUAUAUACCUAUACGAUAUACGAAACUAUUUUAUGUAGUGACUUUCGGCUCACACCGUAUACACAUAUAUAUACUUACCAGACUGAAGAACUACUGAUGGCGCGUGCUGUACACCUAUAGGUAAUAAACCUGCUUAAUUUCACAGCUGUAUAUUGUAUGUGUGUUCAAUGUGUAUGCAGAUACAUAAUUUUUGAUGUUUUUGACGUCGUACCGUUUCCGAAAUUGCAUACAAUAAAAUGUAUUCUCAUUAAAUUUCCUGACCAAUAGUAUAUAAAUGGGCGUUUCUCGCAUAUACAGAAAAAAUUCCUAUACAGAUUAUUAUUAUUGUAUUUGUAAAAAAAAAAAUGUAUUGGUAAAACAAAAAAAUAUGUUGUGUACUCGGCAAAUGAGAAUAUAGCGGUGAUAAUAAUAAAAUAACUUAAUCUUUUUUUCUCCGUCUGACAAUAAUAGCUAUUAGAUAGGUAUUAUAAGUAGGUAACCUAACCUUGGUAUCUUAUAAUCGUAAGAGAACAAAAUUCGUGUUUUAUAAUACAAAUAUUAGUACGGUGUUAUUGGAAAAAUUCGUUUUUAAUACGUGUUUGACGCAAACAAUUUCAUUAUAAUGACUGCUUCGCUUGUUUUUUAUUCGCACACGGUGCAUGUAUCUAAUAAACAACUACGCCAUCAUAGAAUGCGUGCCUAUAUAACCGAUUUUUCUCGGUCAUUUUUGUAGAACCAAAAUUCAAUGGCACCUAUACUGUGUUUGUUAUAACUAGUGUGUAACAACACUCAGGGGUGGAUGUAGAAACGAUACGAAAGAGAAGGAGCGAAAAUGCACGAUAAAAAAAAAAUAACAUAAUGUAGAAAGAAUAACGAUCUAUUAUAAUAAUAUUCUGUUCGCGUCUGCAUAAUUAUUUCAUUGAGAAACUAUAAAUAUUUAAUUUUAUGUAUGUUAGCAUCAAAAGGAGUUGGCUUCAUCUCUUAUGGCCGUUUUCAGAAAUAUGCGAGUCUCGUGAAUGAAUACGAGAAAAAAAAUUCGAGUGGUUCUCGAUAAACAAGAUUUUCGAUCGGAAGUAUCGGAAGUUUUUUUUUAAUGUAAUAAAUCGGAUGACCCAGAUUGAAUAUCUUUGAUUUUUCUUUUUAAGAUAAAAAUCCGGUGAUAUUUCGUCGGGUACAAAACCAUAUUAUAAACUACAAUUUUAUAAAUUAAAUGUCUUAUUAUAAAUUUAUCGAAAAAUACACGGAAUAUUGACGAUAAGAGAAUUCUGCAGUAGGCAAGACGUGGAAAUUUCAAGAUCUUAUAAAAAAGAUAAUUUAAAAACCCCAUAAAACUUUGCCCUCGUAUGAAAAUUUCUGGACCCUCCCUUGCUCGCGAUUGGUGAUGGGCAACGAGUCUACAUUAUUACUCAAUUAUUAUAUCGGGUGCGGAGAAUAUAACCUAAACAAUGACAAUAAUAAUAUAAUAUAGUAGAACGAAACGUGACGGUGUGUCGGUGGGACUACUCUUCUACCACAAUAAAAUAUUUCACGACGACGACGACGACAAGUGUGUUGUGCUCACCGUAUACACCGAAUGUAUUUUUUUUUUAAGGAUGUGUAGUAAUAAUUAAUUAUAUAAAAAUACAAAUUCGUGACAAUUUCGGUAAUGUUGCCCGAGUAGCAAACGUUAUAUUAAUAUUUAGUCUGGUACCUAUAUGAAAAAUACACACGUUGUAAAUUAUUGUAAUAUAUGUUACAUUGCUUUCACUCGCGACCGUUCUGUGAUCGUGGUCUUCCUACACAAUACUAUUAAAAUCAUAACCUUGUAGGGUUGUGUAUUUUUCUGGACGACGAACUUUAUAUAUACGACAAAUUUUGGAAUGAAAGGGUAAUUUAUAGAGGGCUCGCUGCCUUACAAUAAUCGAUAUUGAGUACACCUACAUCAGUCAUACCAUACAAAGAGGUAGACAAAUCGUAUUGAUUAACCCGUGAAAUAUUUGUUUAUGCCAUGCAUUAUGAUAAUAUGUGUCAUACCUUUCGUGAGCCAAACAAUAAAAUAUGCCCUCUUGGUGUGUGCAAAUUAGCUACAGAUUUACUCAUAGAGUCGGCUACCUGUCUAUAGUUAUUUUACAUAAGGUAUAGUGCUGCAAAUAGCCACUGUGUUGGUUGGGGUGCAAGCUAAUAGACCAGGGUAAAUAGACUAGGUAAAUAGACCAGGAAUGACAGCCGCUUAUUUACAUGCAAGACAUUUAGAAGCCAAAUAUAUUGAGCGUAAGAGAAACAGACGAGAUGCGAUAAUAUAUUUAUACUUAAGUUGUUUUUUUAAUUUUUUUUAUCAUGAAAAUUAUAUGAAAAUAUUGAAAAUCACAGACAGAAAAGCAACGACUGAAUCGAUUAGUCACGAUGAGUAUCAACCUAUACGAAUUAUCACAUUUGCGAGACGUGAUUUCAUAAACUGUUUAACUUAUCCGAAGAGUACAUUAACUACAUAGGGUACGUACGUUUAGAUAGAAUUUAUUAUAGUCUUUGAUAAAACUGCGGUUCCUAUCGUGACUUCGCGAUUUUAUGAUUAUUCCCGGUUCCCGGUAUAUUUAUCUUAUUCCUACGGUAUAAAUCUUGUGGAUUCCAACAUGUAGCUAAUAAACCCGAACGCUGACGAACUACCUAUAUAUAUAAUAUGUAUAAUAUUAUUAUAACCUAAUAACUAGCGGCCCCUGCCCGUAACAGUUCUCGUCGGGAGCUUAAUGACUUUCGUAUUACACUUUUGUUAAGCACGUGUGUUCGGCAGUGUAGUUAGAUAUAUCGCCACACUAUAAAUCUAUAUAACGGGGUCACCGCAACCGAGGUAUACAUCGAAAUACCGUGAUAUAUACAUAUAUCGUUAAUUAUUAUUAUUAUAUCGUUUUAUAUAUACUGCCGCAAGUUCUUCAAGUAUGUGUGGUAGCGUACCAACGACUAGUCCCCGCGCUUUUUUUCAUCCACACUAAAUAAUAUUUAUGCGCGAUUUUUAUGCCCGAUUAAAUCGCAGUAAAAUUGCACAUCGAUUACGUGAACCGAAUAAAUUAUUAUUAUUAAAGUAAAAAAAAAAGACAGACAUACUUCUACUAGGCGGGCUACAGUUAAAGGUGAAAAAUUAGCAAGGUAUGAUAUAGAGGGGAAUUUGAUUUAUAUUUGUACGAAAUGAUAAAUUAUUGUUAAUGAAAAACGAUUCGGAGCGAAGUUUCUUUUAAACAUGCACGUGAAUUGUCUCAGUUUUUCCCAACUGUUUUAAAAACCAUAUGGAAAUAUUGACCUUGCUAAAGUACCACCCAAAUAAAAUUUCCUUACAGAAAAAAUACUACACUUGAAAAUCGGAGCAAGAUUUCUGGUGGUAGAAUAGUUGUUCACAGAUAAAAAAUAAAAUGAAAAUAAACAUCAUUGUAAAACAAAUGCAUUCCUCGCUACGCUCCGAAUUUAAAAACGAGUGUCUAAAAAUCAUUUAUUUUUUCUAAUCAAAUUUUCUAAUCGUAAAGUUAUUAUAAUGUAUACCUAAUUAAUCAUUUAAUAUACAUCAUAUUAUUAUAGGCUGAUAAUUUUUUUUGGAAACAUUUACGACGAACGCUCUUAUGAUGUAACGCCUCUAUAAAUUGUUUCGAGUCCUUAACCAGAACAAUAGCUGACGAUGACCUGUAAUUAUUUGGUUCAGUAUCUUUCCCAACGACGACGACGCAUCGGUCGUCGUCGGUCGACUGUCAAUUUAGAUGCAUGACUAUGAAACGGUUCUAAAACAUUCGUCAAUGUCGUCUCGCCAGCAGUUUUGUUCAUAUAUUAUGUAUUAUAACCAUAUAGGCAAGUAUUUUCGAACAUUUGAAAAUUCGAUAAUAAUUAUCAAUCCAAGUUACCUACGUUUCUAUAGUUUUUGUUUCAACAUUUUCAGUUUUAUUUCUUUUAAUUUUAAUUUAAAAUUUAAUUUUUUUUUUUUUAUUUAUGGUAGGUAUAGAACGACAAGAUUUCAAUAAUAAAAAAACAAAUUUAUCUUAGUUACCGCGCGGUAUUUUAAUAAAAUAUUGUCAUCGUUAUGUAAACGAAAGUCGAAACUGUAAAAAUAUAAAUAAAUGAACGAACGAACGUUAAUAAACCGCGUUUCACCAUAAUAAAUAUUAUGAAUAUUCGUGAAUUUCCAACUCUAGUCAAACGAUAAAUUUAUUAUUAAUAAUUAAUUAUAAUUUAUUAUAUCCAUAAUAAUAUAUUCACGUGCAAUACGACAAUGAUAAUUUGUUACAAACGCACAAGAAUAUGUAAACCCAAUGCGCCCAAUAAUAAAUUUACGUUCGUCAUACUAUAUUGGUACGGGAUAUUCAAUUUCGGCGUUUUGAUACCAGAUCGGAUUUUUAUAAUAAAUUAUUAUCGCAUUAAAUAUAGAUAUGUGUGUGGGAUAUAAUUUAUAUAUAAUGUUUUUUUGUUAUAUAUUAUGUGAAUAUAAUAUAUCUAUAUACCCGUGUCCGAGCGAAAGGUUAAUUUUGCAAUUUCACAGGCCACGGCGCCCGAGGCUAAUGGCCACACAGAUGCUUAGAUAAACAAACAUAAUAAUAUAACAAUAUUCGAUUAGCUGUGAUUUCGUCAACAAUAACCGGAGCGAAUUGCCGCCGGGCCCAAAACUAAAAAAAUUAUAUACAUAUAUAAAUUAUAUAUAGAUAUAUAAUAGCCCGCACUGACACUGGUGCAGUAACGUCCUCGAAGAAAAAUAUUAUCGAAAAAAAAAAUACCAUACAAAAACACACGUUUCAGAAUGUGUGCGUGUGUUUAAUAUUUGUUUUUUGAACUUUCGGACGUUUCGGAACGAGCAUACUUUUAGAAAAUUAUAAUAAACGGGGACUAUUUUGCCCGUGGAUUUGUCUGGGGGGGGGGAGGGAGGAAAUAAAUGGUCAUCUUUCCCGAGAGCUAUAUUCCGACCCGGUGCCGAUACGGACGACAUUGGUGACGAAAAACUCAACUCUAAAAACACCCGAUGACCUAACCGAACUACACUCGAUACAUACUAUAUAAUUGAAGUACCGUGCAGGAAUGCACCGCGUUAAUCGCAUUCCCCCUGGUGCACGGAUAAAAGAAAAUCUAAAACUGUAAACUCGUCGUAUUGAAAAAUUAAAAAAAAAAACCUAACCACUUAAAACGUAUUUUUAGGUUAUACAACUUAAGGUGGCAAAGUUUUGGAUUGUACUGCAACAAAAUAGUGUGGAGUUUGUUUGAAUGUUUUUUUUUUUGUCCUGCAGCUCUUAUAAGUCGGAAAAAUAAUAAUUAUAACGCGUAUCAUUUAAUUUAUAUAAGAGUGAAUUUAGACGAAAUCCUGUAUGAUUAAAUAUCCAAUGGAAUCUGAUAUUAAAACGGUUGAACACAUUCCUAAACCUAACCGUUAGAGCAAUUUUAUCGCCACCCAUCACUUUUUGUAUAUAAUAAUGAAACAUAAUAUAUUUGUUGAAAGUUUGUAGUCUUUGUCUAUAUAUUAUAUUUAAUAGAAAUCUGAACAUAAUCAAUAUAUUAUGUUAAAUACUAUCGUGUGUAUACGAGUGUUUCUACGUAGUAAAAAUAAUAAUAUUAUUAUUAUAAUAUCGAAAUAAAUAGUGAAAGUUCAUUUUUUUUUUUUUUAACGAAUGACUUCAUCUGGCCACACGUCUAGGUACAAUAUAAUAUAUAGUAUACACAUAUUCAAAACAAAAAUGUGAAAUAUCGCUAGUGGGCAUGGAUGCGUUAUUCGUUAUAUAUAUAUAUAUAUUUUUUUAGUUAAUACUUUUUCCCGUUAAUAUAAACUUAUAACGUUUCGUGUUAUUAUAAUAUUGCAUCUAUAUAGUUUCGAGUACAUCAAAUUUGCAUUUUGCAUUGCUUUAACUAUACAUAAUAUUAAUAUUAUACACCUACUACCAUUAACCGUUCAGAACUUCCGAAUAUUAUUUGUAAAAUACGUUUUUGUUUCGUUUAUACCCCGCGGAAACAUAAUAUUUGAUUUGUAUUUGUGUUGACUAAAAUGGUAAUGUAGGAAAAAACUCCGUAUGAUUCUGAAUUUCUGAAAAAGUUUUUCAAAUGUUAUUAAAAAUCCCUCCCUUCCCCCCACCCCCCAAAAAAGAUUUGUUUGCGAAAAUAUCGAACGUUGUUUACAAAUUUACAUUUUAUAUUACAUUUAGAAUUACAUUUUACGGUUUUUUUUUUCAUCACGUAUAAAAAAAAUGUAGAUACCUACAGACAAUAUUAUCCCAACUUUUACUUUAAUUGGAUAUCUGUUUUGGAUAUCUAUUGGAUAUCGCCUAUGCGUGGGUUGUGUCAUAUUCACUAUACCUGCGUACACGAGUACAUGCAUCAGUUGUAGAAAAAUAACAUUCGUUGUAACCGCGAAAUCGUUAAAACGUGUACGUACGGUCUAAAUUUAACACCUUUAAAACGCAGUAAUAUUAUUUAGCGUUCGUUAAAAAAUAUGAUUGUUUAGGUUUCGCUUAACGAAUAUAAUACGUAUGUGAAAAUAACGACUCGAACAGUAAUAAUUACAUUUCAGACAGUUGCGUCGUCGUUGGCAAAAGAAAGGCAUUACCUCUUAAAUUCAUUUAAUAACUCGAUUGGCGUUCAAUUAGAUUUACGACGACUAUGUUCAAUCUCAAUUUCUUUUCCUCGCGGUGCGUUACCAGCUACUAUAAAAUAAUAUCAUAUAUUUUUUUUUUUAUCGCCCGUACAUUGGAUAACGAAUUAUAAUAUUAUUUGCCCGGACUAUAUAGUUAGGUCUAUAAGACUAUAACGACACCUAUAAUAGAGUAGUCAUUUUAAAUUUGUUCGCAGUAGAAAUGAAAUCCAUUUUCGCUAAAUAUGUACGAUAUUACGAUGAUAAUAUUAUUAAAACUGUAAUUUACGAAAUGUUGAAAUAAUUAUUGGACAAUAUUGUUUUCGAAAAUAUUACGAUAACUCAAUAUUGCUUGUAUACUUUUUUCGUGAUGCAACUUAAAAUAUGACGAUAAUAAAUGUGUAGUAGUUAUAGUGUAUAUAAAAAUUUAUGGAAUUUGACGAAUUAUUUACCAACAGUGGGCAUUUGACGUGUUAAGUUAACAUUAUAAAAUAUUAUGUAAGUACCUGAACAAUAAUGUUAAAAUAUUCCCUCCUUUAAAAAAUUAAAGAUAUUUUUUUUUUUUAAAACUAAAACGUUUAAAAUCAAUUUAUAUCAUUUUAUCUUACUAAAUCGUUCUUCUUAUUUAAACAACAGUAGAAAUUAACUGAACCAAAAAAAAUGAAUUAUUUAAUAACUUGUAGACGAGUUUGUACAAUUAUUACAACACAUGUAAUUUACUUUUAAUUGAAAUGUAUUCUGAUUCAACACCUGUAUAGGUACGCGAUGUUUUAAGAGCAAACAUACAUUUUGAUAUUUAAUAUCUGCGAUGAAAAAAAAUUUAUCUAUAUAAUAUUUUACAAUUUACAUGCGGUUUUAAACGAUUCGUUACUCAAAUACUAUAAUAUACUAUGUACAGUAUAUAACACAUAAUAAUAAACAAUAUCUUAGCACAUUUCAAAAACAAAAUAAUUUAAAACCAAAUAGUAAACUGAACAAAGAAAUAAAUGUUCGUAUUAUUAAAAUAAAAAAAAAAAUUGUAAUAAAAAAUAAAUAGUAAUAGUAAUAAAAAAAAGUGCAAUGAUUUGCCUACCUUGUAACCGAUGAGGCGCUGAUCGUUUCGUUGGAGUAGUAGAGAGAGAAUAAAAUAAGAAUAUCGGAACACAACUCACGCGUCUUGUUUACUAACGUUCGGUGUGCGUCGCUAACCUAACCACAACACCGGUUCAGAAAUGAAUGGACCUCUCGGGAUCCG